AUGGCGACCAACGGUAUGGACCCGCCUGAAGGCGCCUUUAAAGAGAUGGCAGAGGAAGGGCUACCCCAAUGUACCGGUCCACGACAAGAAGAGGUGCAGAAGGAGGAAGAGGCGAAAGCGCUGCCGAAGUUGAGCAAAGAGGAGUUUAGGAAGUACAAUCAUAUGGCUGAGCAUAUGAACUACUUCCACGAGAACUUCCGCCAAACCUGGAACCUCCUCUACACCGCCGCCUCCUCCGGCAAACGCCCCAGCAACAUGUCGAUAAAGCAAUUCCUCUCCACCGCCGAAUCCUUCGUCUCACAUUUGACGCUGCACCACAAUAUAGAAGAACAGCACAUUUUCCCCGUGCUCGCUAAAAAGAUGCCCGUCUUCAAAAAGGAAAUGCAGCUCCUCACACAGCAUAAGAAGAUCCACGACGGGUUGGACGUUUUCGAGGCGUAUAUUGCGGCGUGUCGGCGAGGGGAGAGGGAUUUGCGGAUGGGGGAGUUGAGGGAGGUGAUGGAUGGGUUUGGAGGGGUGCUUUGGGAGCAUUUGGAUGAGGAGGUUAGGGAGUUGGGGGCGGAGAAUAUGCGGAAGUACUGGACGGUGGAGGAGAUGAGGAGGAUGCCUAUGUAG